AUGGAAAGCAACAGCACUGCUACCAAGCCUUGUUUUUCCUUCUGCUUGUUUCUCUGGUUCUCUCUACUCGUUCUUAAAGCCAAUGCAGAAGUUCACUACCAUGACUUCGUGAUACAAGUCACGCCAGUGAAGAGGUUGUGCCAUACACGCUCCAUUAUUACAGUCAAUGGGCAGUUCCCCGGACCGACCCUCCUGGUCAGGAAUGGAGAUAGUCUGGUGGUCAAAGUUGUAAACCAGGCCAAGUAUAAUAUUACUCUUCAUUGGCAUGGAGUUAGACAGCUGAGAAACGGUUGGGCAGAUGGGCCUUCCUAUGUGACACAAUGCCCAAUUCAGCCUGGAGGGACUUACACAUACAGGUUCACUAUACAGAGUCAAGAGGGGACCUUAUGGUGGCAUGCUCACAACACCUGGCUUAGGGCUACAGUCUAUGGAGCUUUAAUAAUUCAUCCCAAAGAGCAUUCUACCUAUCCUUUUGCCACACCAAAAAGAGAAUUCCCAGUCAUUCUUGGCGAGUGGUGGAAUUCGAAUCCCAUUGACGUGAUCCGGCAAGCCCUGAAGACCGGAACUUCUCCGAACAGCUCUGAUGCCUUAACCAUCAACGCCCAACCAGGAGAUCUCUUAAAAUGCUCCAGCCCAGAAACGACAGUAUUCCCGGUGGGCCCCGGCGAGACCAUCCUCCUCCGCUUCAUCAACGCCGCCAUGCUCACCGAGCUCUUCGUCUCAAUAGCCGACCACCAAAUGACCGUGGUGGCCGUCGACGCCUCCUACACUAAACCCUUCAAAACCUCAGUCAUUAUUAUCGGGCCCGGCCAGACCACCGACCUCCUAAUCCAAACCAACCAGCCCGCCGGCCGCUACUACAUAGCCGCCCACGCCUACCAAAGCGGCCCGCCCAACACCCCCUUCGACAACACAACCACCACCGCCAUCAUCACCUACAACAACCAAAUCACCAUAGCAAAGCCAAAGCUUCCCGUCUUGCCAGCCUACAAUGACACUGCAACUGUCGCCGCUUUCACUGCGGGUCUUAAAAGCCCGGGUCCCAUCAAAAUCCCCGAACCCGUAAACGAGAAUCUCUUCUUCACAGUCGGACUGGGCCUAUUUAACUGCCCGUCGAGGAAAACCUGUAGCGGUCCCAACAACACUCGGUUCACCGCUAGCAUGAACAAUUACUCUUUUGUUACCCCAACUCGUCAGUCUCUGCUCCAAGCCGCUCAAUUAGGCAUUCCCGGCGUCUUCACAACUGACUUUCCGGCUUCCCCUCCCGUCAAAUUCGACUACACAGGCAACAAUAUAAGCCAGAGUCUCUACCAACCAAUUAGAGCCACGAAGCUCUACCCUCUGAAAUACGGCUCAGUUGUUCAACUAGUCAUGCAGGGAACCAAUAUUUACGCCUCAGAAGAACACCCAAUGCACAUCCAUGGCUACGACUUCUACGUAUUGGCAACAGGGAAAGGAAAUUUCGAUGCGAAGAAGGAUACGGCGAAGUUCAAUUUUGUAGACCCGGUGCGUAGGAAUACAAUUGGCGUGCCAGUGAAGGGGUGGGCGGCUAUAAGGUUCGUGGCUGAUAAUCCAGGCGUUUGGUUUGUUCAUUGCCAUAUCGACUCUCAUUUGACAUGGGGCUUGGCCAUGGCGUUUCUGGUGGAGAAUGGAGUCGGCAAAUUGCAAUCAACCAUACCUCCUCCGCUUGACCUUCCAAAAUGCUAGGGUUUGAAAGAAGUGAUCUCUGCUGCUCUGUUUGGAUCUUGGCUGCUUCAUUGUACUUGUACGUGGUAUAUGGAUUUACUGUAAGUUGAUUUAUUAUCAGAAUUUGUUCCUGCUUAAUUAAAACAAUGGAUUA